GCACCACCCCUCCUGACUGUUAUCAGCAUGGAAAGAAAAGUACUCGCAAUGCAAGCAAGGAAGAAGAGGACAAGGCCCAGAAAACCUGGCAAAAAACCAGAGCCUCACGGUCGUGGAGGUGGCUCUCAACCGGGUCAGGCAGACUCUCCCCUCCCAGAGCAGGAUGAGGAGAUCCUGGGCUCUGAUGACGAUGAGCAAGAGGACCCCAACGACUACUGCAGAGGUGGAUAUCAUCAUGUGAAGAUUGGAGAUCUGUUCAAUGGGAGAUAUCAUGUGAUCCGUAAGCUGGGCUGGGGGCACUUCUCCACUGUGUGGCUGGCCUGGGACAUCCAGGACAAGCGUUUUGUGGCCAUGAAGGUUGUGAAAAGUGCUGAACAUUACACAGAGACGGCUCUGGAUGAGAUCAAGCUGCUCAAAUCUGUGAGAAACACAGAUCCCAAUGACCCCAGCAGAGAGAAAGUGGUGCAGCUUCUAGAUGACUUCAAAAUCUCUGGCAUGAAUGGCACUCAUGUGUGCAUGGUGUUUGAGGUGCUGGGCUACCACCUACUGAAGUGGAUCAUCAAGUCAAAUUAUCAAGGCCUGCCGCUGCCCUGUGUGAAAAGCAUCAUACGACAGGUUCUUCAGGGUUUAGACUACCUCCACACCAAGUGUAAGAUCAUCCACACAGACAUCAAACCAGAGAAUAUUCUUCUGACUGUCAAUGAGCCCUACAUCAAGAAAAUGGCCGCCGAAGCGACGCUGUGGCAGAAGACGGGCGCUGCACCUCCCUCUGGUUCUGCAGUGAGCACAGCCCCAGCACCCAAACCAAUGGCCAAAAUGUCAAAGAACAAAAAGAAGAAGAUGAAGAAAAAACAGAAAAAGCAAGCAGAGCUGCUGGAGAAGAGGAUCCAGGAGAUGGAGGGAGGAGCAACACCCGAAGGAGGAGAGGAGGAAGAGGAUGAGGAGACGACAGAGACCACAGAAGACACCUCUUCAACUACCCUCUCCAUGUCUGCCACACUGCAGGACAUCGUUAACCAUACUAUCACAGACUCGACUGCAGACGAGCAGCCCCAGCAGAUGUCUGAAGGAAGUGAACAGAGAGAGAUUGCAGCCGAGGAAGAGAACAGAAUGGAAGUGAACUGCAACGGCCACGCCUCCACGCUGGAGAGUGAGGCCAGCCCGGAGAGCAAGGUGCACAGGACCAAGAAGUCCACAGAGGAGCUGGAGGACCAACAGAAUGCCGACCAACAGAAUGCCAACCAACCGGAAACCAAGACCGAGGCAGACGACACAUUACCCAGUAAAGAAGACCACCAGGCCUGUAACGGUUCGUCCGAGGACCCUGAUCUCCACACACAGCAGCUCCCAGCUACUCUCAGCCCAGACUCUGUCACUGUAGAGAUAAAGGAGGGAGACAAGGCAGAGAAGAAGGAGGAGGAGAUGGACACUCAAGGGGAAAACAAAAGAAAGGAUGAUGAGGAAGAAGAAGAUGGCCAAAAUGGAGCAUCAGGCAAUUUGUUGGUAAACCCCCUGGAUCCUAUUAAUGCUGACAAGCUGCAGGUUAAGAUUGCUGACUUAGGCAACGCCUGCUGGGUGCAUAAACAUUUCACAGAUGACAUCCAGACACGGCAGUAUCGUUCACUCGAGGUUCUUAUAGGAUCUGGCUACAGCACACCAGCAGACCUCUGGAGCACAGCCUGUAUGGCAUUUGAACUUGCUACUGGAGACUAUCUAUUUGAACCCCACUCCGGAGAAGACUACUCCAGAGAUGAAGAUCACAUAGCGCUGAUCAUCGAGCUGCUGGGAAAAGUUCCUCGGAAGCUGAUCUUGGCAGGCAAAUACUCCAAGGAGUUUUUCACCAAGAAAGGUGACCUGCGUCAUAUCACUAAGCUGAAGCCGUGGGGUCUGUUCGACGUGUUGGUAGAAAAGUAUGAGUGGUCCAAAGACGAGGCCUACACCUUCAGCAGCUUCCUACUGCCCAUGCUGGACCUGGUGCCUGAAAGGAGGGCCACAGCAGCCCAGUGCCUCUCCCAUCCGUGGCUCGCAUCAUAGAGGCCACCCACAUGCACCCUCGCCCCUUAUAUUGUGACAGGAUCCAUUUGGUUUGAAGAUUCUGGGCUCAAAAACAUACACAUAACAAAACACAUUCAUUUCGGCAAGAGCCUGUGACUGCAUUGUGCCUGCAUCCACCCUUCAUGGCUCUUAGAUGCUACCAACACACACUUAAAUACACAUAAAAGAGAGAGACUGCUGAGUCUUUGUCCAGAAACUGAUGGAUUACACUGGUUAUAGAGGGAACCCAAGGUCGUCGUCUUCCUGUAUUUAUGGCUCUUUUUUUACUGGCUUCAUACUUCUAUAGCUUUUUUUCUCUAGUUAUUUCUCUCCAUUUUUGAACUCUUUCUCUGCAGCACGUUACUUUGUCUGAUCUUGCGGUACUUUUAGAUAGUUAAUGGAUGGAUUUAAAAGGAAUUAGCGCCUGUCUGCAGUUGCAGCAAGGUGACAAGAUGUCAAUAAAAACUCAAACAUUGCUAUGAAAACCACAUACCAUAUCAUUUAGAUAAUUGAUAAAGCCAAAUGCGUGUGUGCUCGUUUGCCAGUCAUCAUGUUAGCCAUGCCAGCUUUUAUGCCUUUGUUAAUUCUUUGAAUUAAUAACUGUGCAAUGCUAACAGGCAUGAAGAGAGACUAGUAACAUUCUUAGCACUGUUAAGUAAGCUUUAUCCUUGGGAAAAGAAACACGUUUUUUUACAUUUGUAUAAAGGCUGAACAGGAAGAAAGGAGACUGAUCUGAAAUCACACUCUGAAAUUGCAGAUUUGUCAUAUUAUACAUACUAUUCUUAGUUUUCAGCAUUGUUUUACAUUGUCUUUGGAAAAAAAAGCCCUUGGAACAAUAAAAUGUGAACAACCUGUAGAUUCCUUCUCUGCUUCAUGCACAAGCUGGCAACAGAAAACUUGCAGUUUCAUACCUGGUUCACUUUUUGCUUAUAAGAAAGGCUUGAUGUAUCAUUUCCUGCAUUAACAUUCAAACUCUAUGUGGAUCCAGGUCCAGUGUGUACAGUAGAUUGCACCAAAGAGUUGGCCUUUAAUCUCUCCCUCUCUGCAGCAUAAGCUUUGUACAGUGUCCAGAAGAGACUGUCAGUAAUGUAGAUUAAAGGCACAGACUAAAAGGUUUGAGCGUUCUUUUUUUUUUUCGUGGGGGGGCCUUGAUAAAUAUUCAGGUGUUUUCCAGAUGUAUGAAAGCUGAAGCUCUGUUUCAGGUGUUUCUACUGCACACUGAGGUGUUGGAUUUGAAAAUAAUAGAUUGUAUUAAUACAGAUGCUGUAAUAAUGCUUUUAGUCCCCUUAAAGUAAUGUUACCCGCUGUUUUUUCUAUAAAGUCUCCUGCUCUGUCCAUGUCUUCCCCUCUAAAUUUUUCUGUAGGUUACAAAAAUAAACAUUUUUCAA